AUGGGCGCAUCAACCGCCUCAAGUCGAGACUCGGAUCUCGGCGGUCCCGUUUCCCUGCUUUUCCAGGCUGCCGCGCCCAGUCUCGAUGAAGUCUUCAUGACUGAAGUACAGGGGGCAGUCGUACGACGGACUCACUACACAGUGAUGAGUACCUCCGGGGUCAUCAUCACGGUACGCACAUCCGUACGUCUCACCUUCGCUAGAUUUCUGUUGGAGAGGAUGUUUCCCUUUUGGAAGACUGUCCCCUCGAUUGUCUCAAAGGGAGACCCAACUCAACAUCUCACUCCACAACCGCCUUGUGAUCUGUGGCAGCCAGGCUCACUAUCUCCAGCCUUGCCAGCAUUGACCAUCCGCGAAGAUCCACCGCGGCGGGCGACCCGCGCAGAAGGCUAA